AUGAAAAGUAGCUCAAAGAAGGAAGAUAUUAAUGUAAAAAAGAAAUAUGUUUUUUUUUCUGACCCCGAUAUUAUUGCUCAACGUGUUGAAACAUCUGCAUUACAGCAGGAUUAUAUUACCAAGCAGCUAUCUAAAGAAAAACCAUCUAUCUUUCCAGUUGAAUUUGACUUGAAAAGUUUAGAAAACUCAUCAUAUCAUCCUGUUCAACCAUAUCCUUUCACAUUUAUAAGUGCUGUGAAACGAAAACUUGUCCUAAAUGACGGUUCUGAUGCUUGUAGAAAAAUACAUGAACUAAAUAAUAAAAAUGUAAUCAAGCCUCUAACAAUAUUAAAAUCUGAUAGUACUCAGAAUUUACAUGACGUUGUACAAAAAAUGGAUUUUAUAAAACCAUUGAAAGUUCCAGACUUGAAAAUCUCUGCAAAGAAAUUGGAUUUUUCUAACAGAGAAAAUUGUACAUCAAAAGAGUUAAUAUCAUCAAAGUUUGAAUCACCUUCAAAGGAAUUUAUUCAUGAAAGAGGAGAGAAACCAACAAAGAGUUUUGAACGAGUACAAAGAAGAUUAGAUUUUUCAACAUCAGAUGUAUCAUCAACCAUUAAUAGUGAAGUAGAGCCACUGAAGGUGCCAAAUAUUUCUAUAUCUUCAAAUUUAUCGAAGAAAAAGGAAUAUAUUAGAGAAAAUUCUAGAGAAAAAGAGAACAGGUCUAAAAGAAUUAGAAAAGAUGAGUCCUUGUUCUCUAAAUCAGAUGAAAUAAUGCAAGAUUUUUUUAAAAGAUCUAGAAGCCCAAGACAUGCUUCUAGAAAAGAUUUUUCUAAUAAUGUAAGUGAAAAUACAUUAGGUACAAAAUUGAAAAAUGACAAAUUGUCAUUUCAUAUGCCAAGGGAUAGUGACUGUAUUUCAACAAAGUCAAAGACAAAAAACUUUGCAACUUCAACUGCUAAAAAGAUUAAUGAUAAAAAACACAGAUCUAUUAAUACUAGAUCUUUAAAAUCAAGAGAUACUUCUUUGGAAUCAAAGAAUAGAUCUUAUAAUAAUGAAUCACUAUCUGAGCGUUCUUCAAAAUUGUCAGACAAAGUUACAGUUAGAGAAUCGAGGAAUAUGUUUGAAAAUUUUGAUUAUAAACAUAAACAGCAUAAAAUAACAUGUCAAUCACAAGGAAAGGCAGGAUAUGUAUUUUUUAAAGAACAGAACAAGAGGUCUGAAAAAGUAAAACCUUCAACAAGUAAAAUGGAUGGGAAGAUGUAUAUAGCAAAUGCUAAGGAGUCAGAGGGUAUAGAAAGUGUAACCGAUUCAAAUAUAAGUGUAAGAACACAAAGUCCAAGUAUUAUUUCUAUACAACAAAUGAAAAAUAAAGAUUCUGAAAAAGUUGCACAAAGUAUUAACAUAAGUAAAUCGAAUAAAACUACCGAAAACUCAAAAUAUACAGAUGAUUCUUCAACACAAUGUACUAGUAUAAAUACAAAGAAGGAAGAAGAAUCAUUCAUGCAAAGUAUUGCUACUACAGUCAAGCAAACUAGUAAUAGUAACGAAUCUAAUUUAAAUGACAGUGUUUUGUCGAACAUGUUAUUAGAUCCAAGAAAAAUUUCAUUCAGAGAUGAAAGUCGUUCACAAGAAGAAUUUUGUGAUUUAAUUACUCCAGAUAUGAAUCUUAUGCCACGAUCUAAACGAAAACGACAAUUUAUACAAAAUAGUAACAUAGAAGCUGAUGUUAAGUGUUCAAAACAUAAUAUAGGUAAAACUGAAACAGAACCAGAAAAUAUUUCAUUGUUACACCCAACUGCCUUACAUAUGCAAUUUCAAGCUGAGUUGCACCUUCUUGAUUCUUUUAACGAAUCAUUGAGACAAGUCAUGGAUGUUGAAAAAUGUUUUUAUAAUGUUAAACAAGAUCAAGAAAACGAGUUACCAUUACAGCAUAGUCAGUUAAAUGACCAAGUAAAAUCACAUUUUUCUAAAGUAGCAGACGAAAGAAAUAUUGAUAAUAUGGAACAUUGCAGUGAGAUUAGUAAAUCACACAAACAUGUUGCUACUGAUAAAGCAUUUCCCACUCAUGUAGUACAUCAUAUUACAAGUCCAACUAUGGUAAACGAGUUUGAUAAUGUGAAUAAAAUAAUCAAACCAGUAGUUAAAGCUGUAGAAGUACAAACACAAACAGUGAAUGAUAUGGCAACCCAAACAGAUAUACGUUCAACUCGACGAAAUGUACAAAGCAGAUGUUCAGAAAUAUGUGGAAUACCAUAUGAACGAGAAUUCGUCGGAGAUAGUGAAGUUCCACAUUUUUCUUUAGACUCAGUGGAACAAUUUGAAGAUUUAGAUCAGAUAGAAGAAAUAUCAUUACCCAGUAAAUUAAGAACAAUGUCGGAAAUAAGCUUGCACGAAACUACAUCGUCUAUACGAACAGAGACGGGAACUGAGAUUAGCAUUUCCACCAGAGAUGUAACUUGUUCCUUUAAUAAAUAUUUAGAUCUAGAAAUUGCACAGUUAAUAAAAGACGAGAAACAAAGAUAUGAUAAAAUUGAGAUGUUAUUCAAGUCUCGUGAAAAAACAUUAAAUGAUCGAACUAAAAAAUUAGUGAAAUUGGAGGAACAAAAAAGAGCUUUGAGAGAUACAGGACAAGAUAGUCGUGUUAGUUCUGUGAAAAAGAAGCAAAGAGCUUUACUUUUAAAAUUGCAACAAGAAAAGGAUGAAAUGAACCGAUUAAAAGAACUUCACAAAAUUGCAAGUCAAGAACGUAAACUUAUGUUACAAAAGCAAAGAAAUAUGUUUAAUCCACAAAUAUCUACUAAAAAUAUUUUAACAAAAUUAAAACGAAGUGCAGAUAGUCAGUCUCCCAGAAGACUAUCUGGACCCAUGAAAGGAUAUGAUAUAAGAAGUAAUAGUUCUAUGAGUUCUUUAGUAGAUUCUGAUAAAUCUCAACACGAUCGAUCCCAAACAGACGCACGUAUGCAGAUGUUGGAAAACGAAUUACAUUUUUCUAAAAUCGAUUUGCCAAAAAGUAAUAAAUUUAUGAAUUUCGUUGAAGAAUCUAACGCAUCAUUUUUAAGAUUUGAUAAAUCUGAUGAAGCAAUGCAAAGUAAUAUGUCUCAAGAAAAAUGUCUUUACAAAACUCAAAAAGAUGGGAACAUAUCCAAAUAUGAGAUAAAGUCCAGAAAAUUCGAAGAGAAAAUGCCUAGAGCAGACGUAAUAAGAUUAAAAUCGCACCAACAUUCUGUUGAUCCAAAAUUGAUCCCAUGUCAUUCCAUGAGCAUUCCCGGGAAAUAUCUUUUCGAAAAAGAUAAAUCUCCCGAUAUGUCAGAACUAUUACAACAGAAUUUAAAUAAAUCCAUUUCUGAACAUAUUAAAUCAGAAUCUGACACUCUGGUAGAAGAAUUAUCUAAAAAAUCAAAGCCCUCUCAAAUAACAGAUAAUCAUUUUCAAAGUAUAGUGUCCCCAAGAGAAUCUUUAAAAGCUAUUACUACGAAUAGUGAAAUUUUAUCAGAGGAAGUAAGUUCUAUUAGCCAAGACACUGUAUUGAAAACGUCCAAAUCGUCGCAAGUAUCUGAAGAUAUUUUACAAACGUAUUCAAAAAGUUCUAAACGAAGUACUAAAUCAAUCCCGACUGAUGUAUCUAAAAAGACUCAAUAUAGUUCCGAAUCUAAAUCAAAUUUCAAACGUAGAAGUUCAAAGUGUCAAAAAAGUAAAUCGUCGUCCAGCAUACUUACGGAAAAUAUAUUGCGAUCCAAGUCUAAUUCCCAAAUGUCAGAAGAAUUUGUUAAGCAUCACAACAAACGAACAAAAAUGGAAAAAGAAUUUAUUCAGUUUGAUAAGAACGAUGAAAAUGCGCUGAUGGAUAAACAUACAAAGGAUAAGAACUUUAAAAUAUUAACAGAUAGGAUAGAUAAUUAUGACAGUAAGGAGAACGUAUUUUGUCAGAAAAUGUUUGACAAAAAUGUAGAAGCUUACGAGGAUUCUUUUCAUAGUCAAGAUAAAAACGGAAAUAAUUUCGAUGAAGCGUCCACGAAAUCUCAAAUUAGUAAUUUCGCUAUUUCUCAUCAUAGUUCCGGGGAUAGUGACAGAAAUUACUCUAAAUCUGUGGUCGUUAGAUCGCAAGAUCAUAAUUUGAAAACAUCUAAGAAACUCGAACAAAUAUUAAAUGCACGUGAAGCUGCGCUUACAUCGCGAAAAAAUUGUGUAGAGGAAUGGAUGGCUUGGCAUACAAAGUUAAGGACAGAAGAAGACCGUGUUGCAAGAAUGGAACAAGCUGCAUUAAAACUUGUAACAGCAACAUCUAAUGUUUUUUCUCAGCAAGAGAGGAGUAUGUGUCAUUUUAUAGAUACUACUAUUUCAUCGGACACGAGCGAUAUUGAAGGACGAAUUGAAUUACUCACAGAAAAAUUGGCCGAAAGACGGAUAGAGAUGUCACGCUUAAAAAGGGAAGCCAGAAAACAGACGAAACAAAAACUUCGAGCUUUAGAAGCUAACUUAUUGAAUCAAAUUAAGAAAUAUGAUACGACGAUUUACGAAAUGCGUAAGAAAUUGGAGUCGAAAAAAGGAAUUUCUAAAGAUAGUGAUAAACUAGCUAUAGAGUCAAGAUCGUUGGCAGACUUUAAAAUACCUGAGAUUCCUCUAAAAAAAUUGCAGGACAUGUUUAAAAACAGCGAUUUGUUAAGGUCCAGAUCAGAAUCCGAUUUAUUAUCUACGAAAAGAUCACCGAUGAUGAAAGAUUCAAUGAAAAAUAUUAAUUUACUUCAAGACGAAACUAUCGAGUAUGAUAGAAAUAACUCUGAAAAAGUGAUUAAAUCUUCAAAAAGUAUAAUAACCUUGGAACAACUAGGUUCCGCAAAACUGAGCACGGUGAAUCACAGUACUCAAUCUGUUUUUGAUGAAAGUAUAUCAGAACAAAUAGAAAUUGAUAAACUUGGUUCUGCUUCGAUAUCAUCGGUUUCAGAUGGUGUACGAUCGGAAAAAAGUAUUCCUUGUGAAACCAGACAAUGCACAGACGAAAUACAAAGCAGACAAAGUAUAUCCGACACGAAAAAGAGUAACAUUUCUGAAAAUAUUAAAACCGACAUCGAAACAUCAAAAUCUGAAAAUGGUAUACUUACACAAUCGAAAGCCAAGCUUUCUAAGUAUGAUACUAGCACUCAGUCUGAUUUAAGGGAGUAUAAAUCUGAUUUCGAUACGUUUUCUGAACAGUCCCAAAUUAGAACUAUUUCAUCGCAAUUUGGAAUUAAUAAAUCACAACAUUCUGAACAUGUAUCUUCGAGACAAUCCAAUAUUGUACAAAAUUCCAAUGCGGAAAUAAAUACUGAAUCUGUUAAUAAAAGUCUCGACUUCUCCAAAAAAUUAGACUUUUUGCGUUUAAAUAAUCAGAAUUUGAAUGAAGAUAUAAGUUCACUGGAAAAUGAGUUUAAGAUAUUUUCAGAAAUGAUGUCGCGUUUUAAUAAAAGGUCGAAUGAUGAAGCAAAAUACGAAUUUACUAACGAAGAAAGAAGUACAUCGAAAGAUAUAUCGGAAAUACUUUCAGUAUCGGAUAGAAAUAAUGAAGUUUUUGACAUAGAGCUUAUGAAAGGAGACAAGAACAAAGAUGCAGAAUUAUAUCAGAAAGAGGAUAAUUCUGACAACGUAUCUUUGACAAAUGGUGUAAAAUUAAAAUCAGUUACUAAUGUCAAUGACAGUAAAAGCAUAGUGGAAGAUGUUGAUAAUGUAAUAUCUGUUAUAAUGCCACAGGAUAAAGUAUCUUCCAGAUCAAAUAGUCAAGAAAUUGAUUAUAAGACAAGAAGCAAGAAAAUUUUGAAUGAGAUUGAAAAGUCCAUAAUAUCGGAACAUAUAAAAAUAACCGAGGACGAGCUCAAUCGUUCAGAAAUGUUAAUUGAGAAUAAUACUCGCAAUUUAAAUUUGUAUAAAAAAAAUGAGAAAGAGUCUAAUGGUACUUCUAGUAAAACUAGUAGUAAAUCCUUGUCCGAGAUUUAUUCGAAAAUGUUGCAAGAUAAAGAAUGUACAAAUAUUAUGGAAUUUGAAAAAAUACAACAUGCUGAAGAAAAUUUGGUCGAUUCGCAUAAUUUAAAAAGUCAUCAGGUCGUAGAUUCAAUUAAAAGUCCUUCGAUACUAUCAGAAAAAUCUAACUUCACUGAAAAGGAUAAGUCUUCGAGUCAAUGUACAGAUAUCACUCAUAAUUCAACAAAUAACAUUCAUGUGAAAGAAAUUCAUUCAGAAAAUAAGAGUGAUCUAUCUUUUAUACAGACUUUACAGAAUGUUUCAACAAAGCAGGCAACAAUUACAGAAUACGUAAAUGAAUUAUUAAAAAGACAAACUUCUCCGCAAUUAUCGAAUUCGACUAAAAUAAUUGAAAUAGAUAAUAGUAAAGGAUCAGUAAAUUAUGUGGAAGAUACGGUAAACGAUAACAAAUAUCAAAAUAUAAAUGAUGUAUAUCAAAUUUUAAAUGUGGAGAAUUUAGAGUUAUUGUUGAAUGAAUCUAAGGAAUUGAAAGAUAGUAAUAAAAAUGAAAAUUCAUUUAUGCAAAAAGAGAUAGAAUUCAAAGAAAACACUGAAAAAUCUGAAAAAUCUAUCGAAGAAUUUAAGCAAGAUACUUCUAAUCAUGAUUCAUAUCUUAAUAAACAAACAGUAAAUCAGGGCAGUCAGUCACAAGAAGAACUUAUUAAUAAAACUUUCGAUAAAGAUUGGAUUACAUCUGAGUCGUUUGACAUUCAUUCUAUUUGGGAAAAAUCUCAGAACCAAGCUUCACAAUUAUUCAAUGAUGAUUCAAGCAUAUUGUUAAAUUCAAAAGAUAUGUCCCAGUCAGUUGAUGGCUCUAAAAAUGACUCUAAAAUUUUUAAAAGUAAUGUAGUUAGCGAUAUAGAAGAUGUAGAAGAUAUGUCGCUCUUUAUUCCAAAAAGUGAAUCUACAAAUAUUUAUAUGUAUGGAAUUAAAUUCGAUGAAACAAUGUUAGAUUCCCAUUUUGAAAAGGCUGAUAAAAAAGCUGAAGAUAUAUUGAAUAUAAUUACUGCAGAUAAUGAUAGAGAGCAAAGUGAAGAAAACACUGUGCAUAGUAUAGAGACAGAUGAUUUUCAAAAAGCUAUUUAUGAUUCUGUGACUAAGAUAUUGGAUAAAGUUGAAAAAAGUAUAGAAGACAAUUCAAUAAGAGAAAAAAUUGAAAGCCAUACAGAUAGUAUAGGAAGUAAACACGAGAUAAAAGUCAUAACAGAAGAAGAAAGAAAAUCAAUUUUAAGUAGUUUAGUAAUCUUACAAAAUCAGUCGAGGAAUGAGAAUAACUUGAAACAAAACGAUAUUUGUGAAGAAACUGCUUAUUCGAAUAUUGACAGUGACAAGAAUAUCGAUCAAGAGGUAACUAACAAAGUUAAUACUGAAAUUGCUGUAGACCAAAACAUAUAUGGAGAAGAUAAAAAUGAUGAGGAUAUAUAUCAUAAUGAAUCUCGAGAAAUUAUUAUAACAGAAUUAGAACCGGGAAGCGCGGAAAGUGAGAGUUUAUCAGAACUCGAAAUUGAUGUUAAAAUAGAAUUGCCAGAUGAAGAACUCACAGAAACGAAUAAAAGUGCAAAUAAAUUGGAAACACAAGAAUACGAAGUGCCAGAACAAAAAUGUUUGGAAUCUAUAAUAGAACAAGAUAGUUCUGAUGGUGAACAACUUGAUAAUUUGGUCGAAGUAACUGAAAGUGGAUUAGAUGUUAUAGAAAAAGAAAUUAAAAAUUCUACAAAUUCUAUUACUGAAUCCAUAUCGAUUUCACACAAAAAAACAGAUACUGAAAAUAUUGAAAUUCAAAAUAAUGAAAUACAAAAUGAAAAAAAUAUAACUACUUCAAUAAUUAUAGAUAAUAUUGAAACAAUAGGGAAUGAUACGUUUGAUAUAUCACCAAAUAUAGUGAACAAAACUUAUGAUAUUUUAAAAGAUCCAGAGUAUGAAGAUAUCUCAGAAGAAAGUCUUGAAGUUUCUGAAAUAUUUGAUAAAAGUGAAUUUCAGAAAUCUACUGCUAUACAAAAAUCAUCUUCUAUACCAGAAAGAUAUGAAGCAAUACAAAAAUCAGAAGAGGUAUUAAAAAUACUAGAUGAAAUUACACAGAAAUCUUCGAAUUUAGAAAACAGUACAGAUCAAUUUCAAGAUACUAAAUGUGAUCCUGGAGAUAAUAAAAAGUUAAAAGGAGAAAUUCUUGAUAGAAAUGUUAUAUCUUCAAAAGUUGAAGAUACUGUAGAGGAUAUUUAUAAGAAAAACAACCAAUCAUUAACAGAUAAUUUGGGAAAUCAAAAAUCUAAAACAGUAACACUAAGAGAAGAAGAUCAAUUGGUUCAGACAAUAACUAAUCCAAUUGAAAUAGAAGAAAAAGAGAAGCAGGAACAAGAUGUAUUAUCUGAGUCAAGUGAAGGGAGAGAUACACCAAAAGGUGUAUCAGAAAUUGAGAUGGAUUCUCCUAGAGAACUUAAUGAUUCAACAUUGGAUAUUGAUGUGUUAAAUGAUGAUUUAUUAAACAAACCAAAUGUGGAAAAUCAAAGUAUAGAUUCAAAGAACACUUUCCAUGCUACACCUAUUGUUGCAACAUCUGAGAAGGAUAUAGAGGUCAUGAUAGAUAAAUUAAAAGCUUCAAUGGAACAACCAGGUAUGGAAGUUGCAGAUUGGGAAGCAAAACUACUUCGUAUCGAACAACUUCAAAUCGAGUUAGAGAUUAAGAAAUUAGAAGCCGAAGAAGUAUCUUACUACGUUAGGGAAAUACCGAACAAACCUCCACCUCCUUACACACCACCCGGUGGUGGUACAAGAAUUUCAACAUCCCUCGGAUCACCUUCUCCUCCUCCAGCUGUGAUUCCCUCAAAUAUAGAGGAAUUAACGGCAUUUACUGAAAAGGCCACGGCAAUAAUAUUUAAAGCCAAAGAGGCUGGAGAAGAUAUUAUGAGUUUAGAAGCUCCUAUUGAAAUCUGCGAGUUAACCAAAGAAAACGACGAGACUGUGAAAAAGGAUAGAAGAAUUUACAACACAUUCCUCUUUGACCUGUGCAAAGAAACGAUUGCCGAAGUUUAUCAGGCUGAAUAUGAAAAACCAGGCCCAAGUUGGAUGAAACCAAACGUGAAGACAAAACCUACAAUGAAGAUCCCUAAGAAUAUACAAGAACUUAACGCUUAUGUGAAUAAAGAAGUAGCUACGUUAUUCGGUUUUAAAACAAAAUUGCAACGGGAAAAUAUGGUAAUGCGUUGGAGUAGAAAACGAAGAGACAGAGUUGAUGAAUUAUUGGCUAGAGAAGCCCAAGCUGAGGAAGAUGAAUGGACAAAAUUCCAUCAUGAUGAACUCGCAGUAAAGAAUGGUCUUACUGUAACUAUAUUAGAUACUCUGUUGAUGGAGACUGUGAACGUAGUUAAAGUAGCAUACGCGAAGAAAAGAAAAGUUAUGGUUUAG